UCUGCUCCACUACUCUGUGUCUUUGCUUGUCAUAUAAGUUGCUCUCGUUGUCGUUCCAUUUCGCGCUUCGCGUGAGUUUCCUCGAAGGUUUUGGUGCCCAAAAACCCCACUCUCAGAAAUGGUUCCAGGGAGGAAAACACAGACGUUUAUUAUUAAUGAAAGUGCAUCUUCUUCUCCAAAUCCAUUGAGUAGCUCUGUCUCCACCAGAAAUUUGGGGAAGAGUCAGCUGGGUGGGGUCAUUUUUGGUUGCACGAACAGCACCAUAAAAGAAUGUUUCUUUAAACAACUCUUUGGCUUACCAGCUCAACACUUUUCAUAUGUGAAGAAUAUUGAUCCUGGCUUGCCCCUGUUCCUAUUCAACUACAGUGAUAGAAAACUCCAUGGAAUCUUUGAGGCUGCUAGCACUGGCCAAAUGAAUAUUAACCCUUAUGGCUGGACCACUGAUGGUUCAGAGAAAACAUUAUAUCCUGCACAGGUUCAAAUCCGUGUCCGCCUGCAGUGCCAACCACUUCUUGAAAAUCAGUUUAAACCUAUAAUUGCCGACAACUACUACUCUCAGACCCAUUUCAGAUUUGAGCUAGACCAUGCUCAAACAAGUAGGCUCAUUUCCUUAUUAGCAUCUUUAGCAGUUGCUCCAGGUACUUCUGUAGCACAGAGUGCUGCAAAGUGGAGAACUAUUUUUCAAGCUCUUCCCCCGAAUGAUGCAGGAGGGAAAGGUAAAGGGUUUAAGGCACUUGCUUUGGAAAUUGAGCAUUCUGAUCACUCGAGUCAGAAAUCGGAUUCUACAGAUGUUGCUUCUUCAUUUGAUGAAGACAACCGGCCAUUGGAAGCUGAAUUAGAUGCAAAGUUAGUCGAACAAGAUGAGAAAAAUGUCAUAUUAAUGAAACUGAAAGAAUUGGCUCUUCGCUGUGAACAUCAAGACAUGCCUGUGUUGGGUUUUGUAGACGAUACUGCUGUUAUGAAUGGUAUUCAAUUGGAAGACAAAACAUUUCUAGGGAAGCCAACAGGUGUAGAAGAGAAAAAAGAAGAGAGCCCCCAUUCAUCAGCUGAGUGUCAGUCAACCAUAGCUCAGUUGAGUCAAGAGGUACAAGAGCUAAAGGCUUUUACUGAAGAACAAACUCAGAAGAUGCGUAUUUUGGAGCAGAAGCUGAUGGAGGCUGAAAUAGAAAUUCAGCAGUUGAAAGAUCAUUGUUGUGUGACGUUGGAACCUGUGUCCAGUCCUACUGAGGCACUUGUUAAUGAGAUGGUUAUUGAGGAAGUUGAUGAGCUGCAUUUGGAUCCUAAUGAGUCAAUAUUUCUAGUAGGAGGAUAUGAUAGUGAAUCGUGGUUGUCAGCAUUGGAUACUUACUAUCCUUCUCAGGAUGUGAUAAAAUCUCUUAGGCCAAUGAGCUCUGUCCGUUCAUAUGCUUCAGUUGCACAGUUGAAUGAUGAGCUUUACGUAUUUGGUGGUGGAGACGGUUAUAUGUGGUAUGACACAGUUGAGUCAUACAGACCAGCUAAUGAUCAGUGGACCUUGCGCCCUUCACUGAGUCAGAAAAAGGGAAGUUUAGCUGGAGCUACUCUAGAUAACAAAAUAUUUUCCAUUGGUGGGGGGAAUGGUGUCGAAAGUUUUUCAGAUGUUGAAAUGCUUGAUUUAGACAUUGGAAGAUGGAUCCCAACGCAGUCAAUGUUACAAAAGCGGUUCGCUCUUGCUGCAGCGGAACUGAAUGGGGUGCUUUAUGCUACUGGUGGAUAUGAUGGGAACGAUUACUUGAAGUCUGCUGAGAGAUUUGACCCCAGAGAACAUUCUUGGACCAGAAUUGCGAGUAUGGGUACAAAGAGGGGCUCCCAUUCCCUGGUUGUUUUGAAUGAAAAACUAUAUGCUCUGGGUGGAUAUGAUGGAAGUGCUAUGGUUCCAAGUGUGGAAAUAUUUGAUCCACGUCUCGAAUCAUGGAUGACUGGGGAACCAAUGAAAAAACCUAGGGGGUAUUCUGCGGUUGGUGUUGUCAAUGAAUCUAUCUAUGUAAUUGGAGGGGUUCAAGUUGGCCAAAACCUUGUUGACACAAUUGAAACUUACAAGGAUGGCCAGGGUUGGCAAGAAACCUCCACAAGGGCCAUUGGGAAAAGGUGCUUCCUGUCAGCUUUUGUUUAUAAUCAGAUAUGAAGGGAGGCUUCACGUAGUUGAUAUUACUCAAGUGUAUAGAAGAAGAAGAAGCUAAUUGAUAUGAUGGCCAUUGAAAUAGGCAACUUAGCCUCAGUCUUUUGUUAGUAAGGUGUUAUGGGAUGGAAAUGCGCAUGCCGAAGAAAUGUUGUGGCUUGCAUACGAGUGUCUUUAUAUAUAGCAGCCAUCAGUUUUUGCUGCUUCUAAGAUUUUUGAAUAUUGAUGCCCUAUUAUAUCUUGAAGUUUAGUAAGAAAUACCAUCAAUUUGUUCUGGGUAUUGUCACGCUUGUGAUGAGAAACGAUUGAGUGGUGCGCCCAUGAUGGGCUAAAAUCACCAAUAGUUGAAAAGAAUAGUAAUGGAUGUGGUUUGGU